AAAUAACAACAACAAUAAAAAUCAGCGGCGACAAUGAUUAACUCAAGCCACCAUCGCCGGUUAUCAGUAAAGAUCCACGCCGAUCGUUGGGGGCUGAGGUCUGACUGGCUACCCUCCACGGUGCAGUUGGGGUCCACGGUUUGGCGCCAUCCAAUGGGCUUCGCCGGAGGUUACGGUGUGUUGAUUGUGCCGGCAAAGGAUGAAUUACACAAAAAGAGAACUCAGCCCAAUCGGGCCGUACUGGGCUGACUGUCGCAGGCCGGGCCUCUACCGGGCCGCGCGUCCAGGUGGGCCCGAGCUGGUCGCGCACCCUUGAUAGGCCGCGCGAGGGAACCACAACCUCCCUCUUCCCCGUUUUCCUUUUCUCCUUCCCUUACCUCUGAAAUCGCCGACUCUUUCCCCUUCUGUCUCCCUUCUCGAUUCUCUCUGACAGUCACUGCCCUUAAACCUCGUACAUCCCACACGAAACUUCGAUCUUCUGUCUCUCUCCGUUCACAAACGACUCAAGGUUUCCGGCGUUCUCAGGUGCCCUUCUCUCUUUUUCAUUUUUUGUAAAGUGGCCUCGAAAAUCAGCGGCUGAGUGCUCCUUUCACCGCCAAACUUCUGACCCAACGCCGACGGCAGUGUACGGUGGUGUCCGCCACACGUUUUCCCCCCCUUUUUGAGCUUUGUUUGAAAUCAGGCGAUUAUCCGUCUUCUUUCCUGGGUGGGCAUAUUUUGUUAGAAAAGUUUGAAGAAUUGAAGAAUGGUGAGUUUUAAGAACCGAUACUUGGUGUUUGAAGUUGUGUUGGAUCCCAAUAAAGACGUUGCAACAGAUGAUCCUAUUAUCAUUACCCAAUAUAAUGUUUCAAAAGCAAUCAAGGACAGUAUUCUUCUCAACUUCGGGGAGUGUGGCUUUGCUUCCUCACUUGGAUCUUUUCAAGUUAAGUAUGUAAAUCCAAUCACAAAGCUGUGUAUCAUUAGAGCCUCUAGAGAGGACUACCAGAAUGUAUGGGCUGCAAUUACAAUGGUGAGGAGUAUCAGCAAUUGCCCCGUUGUAUUUAAUCUACUGGACCUAACUGGAAACAGCAGGGCUUGCAAGAACACCGCCUUGAGGGUGGAUGAACUGAAAUUUGAGCAGUACAAGCUUAUGGUUGGACCUCGUAUCUCUGAUGGCGUCAAUCUGCAAAUGCAGAACUGUCUGGAGAAGAUUAGAACUUUAGAUAACUGAUUUGGUUGAAUUUUGAAUUUUAUUUCAUAUUGUUCUCAUUUGAUGUGGCUCAGCCCCUCUUCAGGUGUGUUUUUGCUACCGUAGUCUGGCUCUUUAUAUGGGUAUGAUUUUCGAAUCUUUCAUAUUAGGAAAAAAGAUGUUUAAUUCUGAAAA